AGAGGCAGGAACGAGCUGUGCACAGGGCAGAGUGUGUGAGCAGCAGAGAGGGAGAGCGGUAGAGAGACACACACUCUGACUGACUGACACUAACCUGCAAGAACGCUCACUUUCGAGCGCCACAGAGAGAGAGAGAGAGAGAGAGAGAGAGAGAGAGAGAGAGAGAGAGAGAGAGAAAGAGAGAGAAAGGUAAAGACAGGUAAAUCAGUUGGACCUCCUCCUCCUCCUCCUCCUCCUCCUUCUUCUUCUUCUUCUUCUUCUUCUGCUUCUUCUUCUUCUUCUUCUUCUAUGAUGAUGGACGAUUACACGCUCCCCUUCUGGAUUUACCUGGGUGUUCUCGCCGUGUUUGUCGGUGGAGCCAUGAAGAAGAUUUUGGCGUCCCACCUGAGCACCGCCCCCACGCUGGUGGCGUGGCUGGGGGUCACCGUGCUGGCGGAGCGCCUGUGGGCGUUCUGCAUGCCGGCCCUGCUGCUUCUGAUGCUGCUCGGCCUCGUCUGGUGCCUCCACGCCACCACCAGGACCCGACCGCCGCCCCCCCCGCUGUCUGCACAGGGCAAGGCUGUCUUCAUCACAGGAUGCGACUCUGGGUUCGGGCAUGCGACUGCGAAGCGCCUAGAUUCUCUGGGCUUUGAAGUGUUUGCCACAGUGUUGGAUCUGUCAGGAGAAGGCGCCAGAGAGCUGCAGAGGACCUGCUCGCCCCACCUCACCCUCCUCCAGGUGGACAUCACCCAGUCACAGCAGGUGGACCAGGCCCUGCUGGACACCAGGGCCAAACUGGGCCCCAGAGGUCUGUGGGCGCUGGUGAACAACGCUGGAGUGUGUGUGAACUAUGGAGAUGCCGAGCUGUCGUUGAUGUCAAACUUCCGUGGCUGCAUGGAGGUCAACUUCUUCGGCACGCUGAGCGUCACCAAGAGCUUCCUGCCGCUGCUGCGACAGGCCAAAGGUCGCGUCAUCACCAUCUCCAGCCCCGCCGGCGAUCAGCCGUUUCCGUGUCUGGCAGCGUACGGAGCGUCGAAGGCAGCUCUCAACCUCCUCAUCGCCACUCUGCGCCACGAGCUGGAGCCCUGGGGGGUGCAGGUGUCCACCAUCCUGCCGUCCUCGUACAAGACAGGCCAGUCCACCAACCAGGCCUACUGGGAGAAGCAGCACCGACGGCUGCUCCAGGGUCUGUCUCCAGCGCUGCUCGAGGAGUACGGCGAGGACUACGUGACGGAGACCAAGGAGUUGUUCCAGAGCUACGCCAGCCACGCCAACCCCGACCUGACCCCCGUGGUCGACGCCAUCGUGCAGGCGCUGCUGUCGCCACAGCCCCGGGUGCGGUACUUCGCGGGCCCCGGCGUGGGGCUCAUGUACUUCAUCCACAGCUACUGCCCCUCCAGCAUCAGCAACCGCUUCCUCCAGAAACUGUUUGUGAAGAAGAAGCUGAUGCCGCGCGCCCUGAGGAAGCAGUCGAGCUUCGACCUGGACCUCAGCCUCCACAACAACAACAACAACAACAACGAGGAGGAGAAACUCAAGUAGCUGUGGUAGAAACCACUAGAGGACCACUUCCCACAGCUGUGACAUGUACAUCUGUGUGUUGUUCCAUUGUGAUGCACCAACAUUGUUUAUUUUAGUCUCUGUAAUGUCUGGCCCUGUGGCGCCCCCGUGUGGACGCUGCUGACACUGGCGAGUGGGCAGGGUCAGUGUGGGUCGAUUGAUGUGGUUUGUUUUUCACUUUCAGCUUCACGUUGAGCUUGUUACGUCACUUCUCACUGAACGUGUUCAUCGCUGUGACGUCAGGACGCAGUGACACUGUCAGGUUACAGUCACGCACCAGUCGACCCCGACACACUGCCCGACUCCGCCCAGCUGGUCUUUAACACAGUUCAAAUCCACGUUAUCUGGAGCUAGCAUGCUAACCAGCCAUCUCCUCUCGUAAUACCACUUUGUGCCUCAAGAGGCGACAGUGAGUCCCUUUAGCAACUAAUCGGCCUACGGGACCAAAGACUUAGAUUUAGAUUAAGGAUCUGAGUGACCCCCCCGACUCACUGCCCCCUGUUGGUUCUGAGAAUGAACUCCACAGAUCGACCCUUAAACUGUGACGAUACUUUCACCACAUCACAACAACACAACAACACAAACGUGUGCGUUGUCUUGAGGGGCCCACGAGGAGCAUGGAUGUGCGUUUAGCGUUAUCCGUGUAGGACCGAACCUCGACUCUACACCCACGAGUGAAACUCAGGAUUAAGUCCAGAUUAAAGUCGACGUCAAGGCUCAUUGUUAUUAUUUAUGAUUGUUUAUCGAUUAUUCAGAGAAACAGUGGAUCAUCGUUAGUUUGACUGAUGAUGAAACUUCUGUGCCGAUCUUGGUCAUCGAUGGGAGGGGUGGUGCACGAAGCGUACUAACUCCUCCCGGGUGGCGAGAGACUGUGAAACAAGCGCGCUCAGUGAAACGAGCUGCUGCAGUGACCUGUCCAUCAGCCAGCGCAUGUCCUGCAUCACAGGAAGUGCAGAGUCGAUCCUUUCAAAACAAAAGUACACGGUAGCUUUCACAUGUUUUAUACUUACACAACCAAUUAUACUCACGCUAAUCUUUUUACUCGUCUGUGAAUAAAAAACAAUCAACCAGUGAUCACAUGAUCUGCUUCAUCCAAUCAGGUCGGAAUUAUUUUCCUAUUGUACCGUCUAAAUAUUUCCAUGAACUGUUGUGGUUUAAAAUAAAAGACAGUUUCUACUGUGUGCUCAUUAAAUCUGAUCACGAUGUUAUCGACGAGCAGUUUGAAAACAUUGUGUGUAAAUAUUUUUAACUUCGAGUUUUUUAUUGUUUUAUCUCAAGUGUCACAUGUAAAAACAACAUCAAGUCAAAUUUUUGCACCAUCACAAAUAAUAAUAAUCAUAAUAAUUUCUUCUAUAGUUUCUCUGUGAAAUCCAGUUUCUCCUUCGGAUUCAGGAAGUUUCAUGUCUGUGAUUAAAAGUCUGAUUUGUUUGUUCAUCUGUGACGAAUUCAACAAAAUCCAAACUUCAACACAUUUCAGACGUGUGCGUUGUGUUGUGAUGUUUCUGGAACCUUUGUUGUGUGUUCGGGGAGCGUGUUGUGUUUGGCAUCGUCUCACUUUUGGUUUUCAGCUGAAAUAUUUAUGUCGUCUUUUCACUCAAACUGUGAAUUUUGUAUGAAAACGUAAAAAACAACAAAAAAAAUAUGUAAGAUGUUUUUUCUUUGAUAGAAAUAAACUCAACUUUUUACACUU